GUGAGGGAGCGCCAUAAAAGCCCUGUUGCGACCCGCUCUCGACAACCCAUCCUCCGGCUUUCACCCCUCGGAGAGGCGCGCCGGACCGCAGAGCACUCGCCGCCCAGCCACGCCCGCCCGCCAGCCCGCCACCAUGCUGGGUAGAAAGCGAUUGGGGCUGUCCGGACUGACCCUCGCCCUGUGCCUGCUCGUGUGUCUGGGCGCGCUGGCCGACGCGUACCCCUCCAAGCCGGACAACCCGGGAGAGGACGCGCCAGCGGAGGACCUGGCCAGAUACUACUCGGCGCUGCGACACUACAUCAACCUUAUCACCAGGCAGAGAUACGGAAAACGAUCUAGCCCUGAGACACUGAUUUCAGACCUCUUGAUGAGAGAAAGCACAGAAAACGUUCCCAGAACUAGGCUGGAAGACCCUUCUAUGUGGUGAUGGGAAAUGAAACUUGCUCUCCGGUCUUUGCCUAUUUUUCAACCCAUAUUUCAUCUUGUAAAAUUAGAUUCCACCAGUCCUCCCAAUGCAUGCAGCCACUGUGCUCAACUCUGCAGAGUUUCCCUUUGUUGUCAUUGUAUAUAUGUGCAUUUAAAUAAAAUACCAUGCAUUCA